AUAUGGAAAAAUGUGUAUGAACUAAACCAAAAAGUCAACAUAGCAAACUCGAACUGUGUACGGUGAGGUUUUUUUUUCGUAUGAAAGUCGAACAGUUUUGCAGUAUUGCGCCGUGGGUUUUUUUACAUGUCAAAAUAACAAUUGUAAGGGUAAUGGAACAAACGCUAAGCUAACGUUACAAUGUUUGUGGUGUUAGCUAGCUAGUGCUAACGGCCGAGCCAUCCUGUCUUCAUAGUGUUGACUUUUACGUGGUAGGGUGUUUACAGCGAAAACCUUGAGAGACGGGAUCAGUGUUGCAUAUUUCUGUCGCUUGAAUGACUGUACAAGAAAGAGUUCUUUCAACAAAAUACCAAGGAUACUAAACUUCCGCUGAUAUUUGCGCCAUGAAUCCAUCCAAUCCGUUUGGCAGCCCACAAGGUGGAGCUUUUCAAGCCCCAAGCAACACUUUGAAGAGUGGUUUGUUCCAGUCAUUUGGGCAGCAAAGUUCUACCAAUCAGCCCCAAGCAAUGGGCUUUUUUCCACCAUCAGCGUUUGGACAGCCAUCCGUCUUAAAUCAGCCCACACCUCAUGGAAAUACCGUUUUUGGACAAGCCCCUGCCUUUGGACAGUCAUCUAACGUUACACAGGCUCCUUCGCUGCCUGCAAUAAGCCAAGCUCCAGCAUUUGGACAGCAACCAUUAGGAAUGAGUAGCUCAGGCUUUGGCAGUAGCACGGCACCAGCCUUCGGACAGACUAGUGGACCAAACCAGAGUUCAGUCUUUGGCCAGACACCUUCAUUCGGGCAGCCGUCUGCAUUUGGGCAGGCUCCGGGAUUCACCCAGCAGGCCACAGGACUUGUCCAGCAGUCCUCUGGGUUUGGAAACCCUCAGAUGACUUCUGGCUCUACCACUGCCUUAGGGCAACCUCAGCCGCUAGGUUUUGGGCAGUCUGUGUUUGGACAACCAUCAUCCACCAGUGUCACCACCAGUGUAUUUGGUGCAGCUCAGAGUGCAACCCAGAGCAGAGGCUUUGGAUCAUCGAAAUUCAGUUUCAAGCCUGCCAAUGAGGCACUGUUUAAACCCAUCUUUAGUGCGAGCCCCGAGCCCACAAACCCUCAAACUACUUCAAUGUCCAGCUCACCUUUUGGCACUAGUGGGUCCCAGACAAGCUCCAGCACCACAAAUAGCAGCAGCACCACCACAACAAGUGGCUUCUCUCUGUUGACUGGGGCUAAGUCUGGGCAGCUGGGCUUCAGCUUCUCACAGCCGGCUGCAGCCCCCUCUGUCUCUGCUCAAAAUAAUCCAUUAACAACUAGCAAUAGCAGCGCUCCUUCCAACACGCUGCAGUUCACCUUUUCCCAGCCAGCCGCCCCCUCAAGCUCCAGCACUAAGGCACCUACCACCCAGCCCACCACCCCAUUGUCUUUCAGCUUUUCAGCUCAAGCCCUCCAGACCCAGGCAGCACCCCUUUUUGGAGGAACAAAUUUUGGUCAGCCCCCAGCUUUUGGUGACACCAAAGCUAAAGCAGACACAAGUACAGAGGACAAAGGGAGCAACCUUGAGAGCCCAGGAGACACAAAUGUAUUUGCACGACUUGGCAAAGGCACCAAGCGCAAGGAAGAUCCAGCAGCUCCCAGCACUGGCCUAGAGAAGUCUGCCACAGGAGAGGAAGAGGACGAUGUUACAGCAGAAGCAGAUUCACCAAGACACCCUUCAAAGAGGCCCCUAAUGCGGUCCCGCGGCCCACCGGCAGGCUUAUUUGGUAGGGCAUUAAGUGCUCUUCGUAGAGAUGGCCCGAAGCCAGUUAGACGAGAGGCCACAAAGGAGACUCAGCAGCAAGAAUUGAAGUGGGAGGAGACAGAGAGAGAAGAAAAAGUCCAAGCUCAGAGGGAUGACCUACCUACUGCACAACCUACAGCACAAGCACUGACCGGGGAUGUGCUGGAAAAAGCUGAAGAAUCAGACCCAGCAAAAGCCCCAGACCCAAAUCUAACCAACACAACCCCUGUGAGACGCAGUGUACGCAGCGAGAGCUUAGAGAGCCUGAGUGGCAUGUCUCCCACUGAUUGCACCACCAUCAUGUGCAGGAAUGUGCCUCCAAACCUCAACAAGAAGGACAUAAUCGAGAAGCACUUUAAUCGUUUUGGCAAAGUCCGUAAGGUUUUCUGCCGGCCUGCCAAGAACCUGGCUAUAAUACAUUUUGAUGACCACGCAUCAGCGGCAAAGGCAAAGAAGAAAGGCAAAGUCCUGCAUAGACAGGAACUCCUUCUCUUGUGGCAGAGAAAGAAGCAGAGUCCAGGGGACAAAGGGAGCAGACCUGCUGCAGGGAAGGAGGAGGCAAAGGGAGAAAGUCAGGAGGACACAGAGUCCAAGGCUGCCUCCUCCCCACUCAGAAGACCUGCAGUCAGCAGCAUAAUGGCCUUCAGCCACAGUUCUCCAGUGAAGAAGUCGUCAUCAGCCAAGUCUCUGCAGUUUGAUACUGAACCCCAGAGAGAGAGCAGCACAGAGGCUCAGAGCUCUGAGCGCCCAGUCCCUUCCUCCCUCCUCCACCUCAUUGGCCAGCUAGCUGAGACAGCUGAGGACAAGUAUCGCUUCCUGGAACAGAGAGACAAAAUCCUGCGUCAAGGUCGGCCCAAGAGAACCGACCUAGACCUGUCAAAGGUGUUUGUGGGGAUGUGUCCUGACAUGUGCCCGGAGAAGGAGAGGUACAUGAGAGAAACGCGGAAACAGCUGAGCAUAUUCGAGGUCAUCCCAGAUACAGAGAUGGUGGAUCACUCAGCAGCCAUCAAGGAGUACAGCCGCUCAUCAGCUGACCAGGAAGAGCCCUUGCCCCAUGAGUUGCGCCCCCUGCCUGUGCUCAGCAUGACCUUGGACUAUCUGGUGACUCAGAUCAUGGACCUGGGCCAUGACAACUACCGGGACUGGUAUGACUUUGUCUGGAACAGGACUCGCGGCAUUCGCAAGGACAUCAUCCAGCAGCACCUGUGCUGCCCACACACGGUGUCGCUGAUUGAGAAGUGUACACGCUUCCAUGUGCACUGUGCUCACCACCUCUGCGAGGAGCCUAUGUCUUCUUUCGAUGCCAAGAUCAACAACGAGAACAUGACAAAGUGCCUCCAGAGUCUCAAAGAAAUGUACCAGGACUUGGCUACACGCCACAUCUACUGUCCCCUGGAGGCAGAGUUUCGCCAGUACAAUGUGCUGCUCAAACUCAAUGAUGGUGACAUCUUACGUGAAGUGCAGCAGUUCCGUGACGAGGUGCGAAAUUCCCCUGAGGUGAAGUUUGCCGUGCAUGCAUUUGCUGCAGUCAAUAGCAACAACUUUGUGAGAUUCUUCAAGCUGGUGAAAGGAGCUUCAUACCUCGCCAGCUGCCUCCUACACAGAUACUUCAAUCAGGUUAGAGCUAAGGCCUUGAAGACCUUGAACAUGGCCCACACUGUGGGUCCACGAUCAACUGCAUUUCCAGUUGAGGACAUAGUUCGGAUGUUAAUGUUUCGCAACACUGAAGAGGCAACUGACUUCAUCCAGCAGUAUGGCCUCAAUGUCAACGAAGGUGUGGUUGAGCUGAGUCGGGUAGCCUAUCAGGAGCCAGAGCUGCCUUUGGCCCAGAAGAAGUCGGAGGUCAUCCUUGCAAAGAAAACAGUGUUGAUUGGAGAGGUGGUGAACGGAGGCCCCCUCCCCAACCCUGUCCAGCAUACUCCUGUCUGCAGCUUUGACUCCCAGAACAAGUACCGUGGAGAAGGCCCACUGGCUGAGCCCACUCAAAGCCCAUUCAGAGCUCUUGCUGCUAAGGUGGAGGUUAAGGCCCCAUCCAGCACUGAGUUGCUUGCACAGGUCAUUCCAGACACGCCCGCUGCAUUCGGGUUGCCUCCAGCUGUUACAGAUGAGACAGGAGAGCCCAGUCAACCGUACCAGAGCUCGGCCCAGCCAGCAGACACCCAGCAGCUGUUCCAGCCGAUACCUCAACCUCAGCCCGUCAAACCACCAUCACCUCCACCCAAACCUCAGCCGGUGUACAGCAAUGAGGACAUUAUCGCUGAAGUGGACUGUGUGAUUGAAGAGGUGGUUGAAGCAGCAGUGAGGGAGGUAGCUGAUGCUGGUGCCAGCUAUGCCACCGCAGCUCUAGCGGAGAGCGGUGUUCAGGUGGAGUCAGUGGUGAGUGAGGUGUUGGACCAGAUGCUGCAGGAGAUGUCCUCCUCCGAGAUCAAGCUGGAACAGGAGCGUGUUGCUGAAGAGAAACGCAAGCUUGAAGAAGCCAGGAGGAAGCAGGAGCACGAGGCCUUCCUGGUUCAGUUCAGCUUCUCUCUCUGCACAGAACUCAUCUACGAAGUUGUAGAUGAGACCAUCGAGGAGACCGCCACCUCUGAGAUCCAGCAGGCAGUGAAUGAGAAAGCAGACCGUGUGGCUAAGUGCACGGAGCAGGUGUGUACCAGUCUUGUUGAGGAGACUUUGAAUACAGACAUUUCUCUGCUGGUUGAAGACAUCCUUGAAGCUGAGCUGCAGCGCAUUCACAAGUACAUCAAAAGGUGGCGUGAUGUGGUAGCAGUACGUCGGCAGCUGAAGAGACAGAUGAGAGGUUUCCCUGCAGCUCCUUGCUGUGUGGACCCUCGAUUCAAACUGAAGGCUCUGGCUCCCAGCGCCCCUGCACAGCCCUCCAUAGCAGAUCUGGCUCGUGGUCUGGUCAACCUGGGAAACGCCGGCACUCUGGCCUUCUCCAGCACCAGGUUGUUGAAAAUGAGACAGGAAGCAAUCCACCAGAUGAGAGUUCACUACUACUAUCAGCAGCUGCUGGAUGAGACAGUGUGGGCACCACUUGACCUGCCAGCACUGGUGACAGAAAAUAUGCCUGACCCACCUGAUCGAAUCUUCUGGAAAGCUGUUCUACUCUUACCUAGCGACCACGAGAGUGUUGCCAGCCUGGCCGACAGGAUCCUGUCUGACUGGCUGGAGGUGAAGUUCGGUGGCUGCAAGGGGUCUGAGGUGAGGGAGGAGCAGCAAGAUGGCACACUGCAGACCCUCUGUGUCACCAACUCACUCCAGGACAAAGGACAAAGUACGCACAAAGUCCACAUCAGCAUUAAGGCAUCUCGUGGCCCUCUGACCGAAGACGGCCUUUCCAAAACAGAGGAGUGCUGUGAGCUACAGGGGACAGGAGCUCUAAUCAUGUUGCUCCCCGCCAUACCUAUCACCAAGCCCGGGCACGAGGAGCAGGAUGUACCUCUGCUGUCAGCCCUGCUUCAGCUCAAACAGCUACAGCAGGCCAGCACCUGGCACUGCCCGCUGCCUUUAGUCAUUCUGGUACCAGGGCCUGAGGGUGGCACUGAUGAUACACAGAAACUUGAAGAAGCUCUGAUGCUGCACACACUGGUCCAGGAAGGCCUGAUAUCAGAGUACACAUUCUUCUUCAUACCAGAGACCACAAGUGACCAAGAGGGAUCCAAAAAGCUAAACCAGGCUACAUGUUGGUUGCUUGCCCACACUCCACCACCCCUUCCGCUCUCCUGCCAGACCCUGGUGCAGCUUGUAGAGGCCACUUUGAGUCGUGAAUUCAGUCCCAGAGUUUACACCAAUCGGCAGGAGCGGGUUGCUGCGGGUCUUCCUUCCCAGGACCCCGCACCUGUCAUCCAGCUGUACAACGCCGUCCUCGCUCACAUUGCUGAUAAAGUAUCGUCCCAGGAUCUGAGCAGACUUUCGUGGCCGCCAAGCGAGUUCAGCCUGCCUGAUACUCGUGAUUUUGUCCCUCAUCUGGGCUGGAACUCUACUCAGCAUCUGGCCUGGCUAUGCAAAGCCAUCCUCAGCCUGCAGCUGCCACAGUGGGAGCAGCUAUCUGCCACAGCCUCCUGGCCUGAGCUCUGCUCCUCUAUCUUUCACUACGCUGCUCAGAUCCCAGUUUCACACCAAAGUCAGCCUCUCCUAAUGUCACGGCUGGAAAACCUUCUGGCAAGGGUCAGGCUAAAGGGUCACCAUACCCGAACCCCCAAAUCCAAGAUAACCAUGAGCAAUGAGAAUGUUUUCCCAGCCUUCAAUCAGAUUCCUUGGGACGACGUGCUGGUAAUUUGCAUUGACCACAAGCUGAAAGACUGGCAGAUCCCCGGACCACCUGUCUGUGAAGAUGCUGUGACGGAUGAUGGGGAGAUCCUGGUUUACAUCCCUACAGAGUCACUGAAGGGCUUUCAGCCGCCUGAGGAAUGGACCCAGGCCAUCAAACAAACCCACAGAGAGAAGCAGCAAGACAGGGAAGGGGCAAGUGAAGCUGCACAUGCACCGCCCAGCAGCCUAUCCCUCAGACAGAGGUUGUUCCACAGUGUGGUAGAGCCUCUCGAGGCGCCAACAGCCCCACUGGACAUCACGCACACUCCCUCAGCACAAGAGCUACUGGCCCACAGAGUCCUCCAGAGCUUAGAGGAGGAGAAGGCUGAAAGCAAAAGGAGCAUGGAGCAGCUUCAGCGCUGGCUGGAUGGUGACCCCCUCGACCACUUGUCCACACCGCUUUUCAUUCCAUCCUCCACUCUGUUGUCCAUGCCCACAACCAUAACACAUACACCCACAGCCAAAGCUCUCACACAGGAGCCAGAGCCUGAUGAUCUUUCAGCCAAAGCAGAUGGGCCUAAAACCACACCUGUAUCUAUGGCAUGGCGACUAAAGGAACUCGAGCGACAGAUUUUGGCGAGCCAUGAGGAAGAACUGGCCUGUAGACUGAAGCUGAGUGGUCUCCUGAGCAUUGUUGAUGACUGAUGAACUGAACCUAAAAACCAAAACAAAUGACUCAGUGACUAUGCAAGUAUAUGAAAACUGAGAGGAAAAAAACCUUCUGCCUGCAGCGAGAGACUACUUUUACUUCCUUUUUCUUUUUUUUUUUAUUGCUAAACUCAUUACACUGGCAUACUGAGUCUUUUAUUCUAUAGUCUGUUGUGGUCAGUUUCACUGUUCACAACAGUGCAUGUGUUAUGUCUUUUUUUUGUUUGUCUUAAUGUCUACUUUUAGUUUAAUUUUGUACCAUAGAUUUUGCAUUUAUAACUUGAAAAUGUGUGUACAAUGUUUGUCACUGCGUUGACAAACCCGAUGAGAUGUUUUUUUCUCAAAGUGAGCUAAAUCUCUGAAAAAGCUGCUCUUCCUAAUUGUGUUGAACACAUUUUAAAUUACAUGGAUGAUGUUUGUAAAACCAGCUACAAAUCAUAUAAUUGCUUCCAUGUUGUUUGAACUAGUUUUGUAUUGUUCAAUUAUGAAGUGUCUAAUAGCUAUAUAUAGAAUAAAAGUGUUAUUUUUCAAGUAAA